AUGAAUCUAAAAGAGUCCGGAGUUGUGGUUGUAUCAAUAGGAAUGUCUGUGUUUCUUGUAGGCGCCAUUCUUCUAAUGGACAGGGCACUGAUGAUAUCAGGAAACCUCUUGAUGAUCAUAGGGAUUUCUCUUUUGGCGAGGUCCAGGAUGUUUGCUCUGCUGCGCCCGGAGAAAAUACAAGGUAUGGUGAUUUUUGCAAUGGGAGUACUGUUUCUGAUUUAUAGGUUCCCGAUGUUUGGCUUUCUUCUGGAGACCCUCGGACUAUUUCUGCUUCUGAGAGAUACCAUUCCCACAUUCAGGACAGUCCUGAGAACCCUGCUGCUUGGAAGACUCGGAAGACUUAUGAGGCCGUAG